AUGACUUGGAUUUCGUGGUUCUGUUCCCUUUCCGGUCAUGAAUACUUUGCUGAAAUAGCUGAUGAUUUCAUAGAGGAUGAUUUUAAUUUAACCGGCUUAAAUUCGACAGUCCCGUUUUAUAAAGAAGCAUUAGAGAUGAUAUUGGAUGUUGAACCUGAAGAGGAAAGUUUGAAAGUACCAGACGUCUCUCUUGUCGAAAAUUCUGCGGAAGUGUUAUAUGGUAUGAUACAUCAACGUUAUAUAUUGACGCGUCAAGGAUUACAACAAAUGGUUGAUAAAUAUGAAAGCAAUCAUUUUGGUCAUUGUCCAAGAGUAUACUGUCAUGCAACUGCAGUUGUUCCUUGUGGACAAAGCGAUGUUCCCGGUUUAGAAACCGUAAAGCUUUUUUGUCCAAAUUGUUUAGAUAUAUAUACACCUCCUAGUUCAAGAUAUCAAAAUAUUGAUGCUUAUUUCGGUACAACUUUUCCUCAUCUCCUAUUUCAACAAUUUCCGGAAUUGUUCCCAAAUAAUCAAACAAGAAUAUAUGAACCAAAGAUCUUUGGGUUUAAAGUAAACGAAAGGAGUCGAAGUGGACCUAGGAUGCAAUGGUUAAGGAUGCGUCCUAAUGAUGUAAAUAGUGACGAAGAUGGUGAUGAUGGUGAAGAUGUUGAAGGCGAAAAUGAUGAUGGUGAGGAUGACGAGUCAUUAUUGGAUCAGGGUGGAGGUGAAAAUAAUGGUGCACCUGAAACCACAACUCAAAGUGGUGUAUAUGAGACUGAAAUAAUUCGUUCAUAUAAACUUGGUCAGAAGAGUAAUGGAGGAAAUAAUGAAAUGUUGGGUAUGUGCGCAGUUAAAGCAAAGCCACAAACUCUCAAGUCGUUUGUUCUCGUCAGAGAUCAAUCCACACGAGAAUUAGAAUCUGUUGCGACCUCGCAAGAUGGAAAUUUCGGAAUGUCUACUUUAUCGAACUUGCAUCCUUUAUUAACCACUCCCGAUAUUCCUAUUAUAUCUACGCAAUCCAUAAAAAUGAGCAAUUCUACUACCAAUGCAUUAAAUUCAGUAUCACUAGCAGUAUUGGGUAAGGAUCAUAAUAUAUUGUUGGACUAUGAUGGUUGA